AUGUCGGGCGGAGUGUCGCUGCGAGAGCAGCACGUGGACGCCUCAGUCGAUUUCGCCACGCAUUCUGUCUUGGGCUUUACUUCUUUGUCUCUCGAGAUCAGUGGGUCUUUAGUGGCUGCUGCUGCUGCUGCAGCGGAUGCGUUUGCUGCUGCUGCAGCUGAUCCCGCAGAAGCAGCAGGAGCAGCAGCGGCAGCAGGCGAAACAGCAGGAGAGGCUUUUCGUGUUCCCUUUGCUAUUCCCUUGCAGCUGCCACCCUGCUGCCGCAUUUUUGGCUGCUGGGUAGACAAAACACCUGCUGUCUUCCAGCUUGGAUUCGAGGGCGCCCAGCAGCAUGAAGAUGACCAGCAGCAGCAGCAGCAACAGCAGCAGCAGGAAGCCGGGCCGAAGUGUAUUCGGCUUGACCUUCUGGCAUGGAGAGAGGCGCUCAGGAGUAAGCGGGACGAAAGCCCCCGGCCUCUGGUGUACAUACACCUGCCGGCUUCAGUGCAGCAAACUUUGCUGUCUCGACAGCGCCAGUCAGCAGUAAAACAUAAAGUGAAGCUCUCCAUUUCCUUUCUCUUGUCUGGGCUUACCUACGGCUGCGGCAGCAGCCUUUUCUUCUCGCAGCAGCAGUACAGAGACAGCAAAGGGCGACUGCAGCAGCAGCUGCUGCUGCAGACGCUGCAGGGGGCGCUGCCGUGUCCGCCUUGGUUCCCCACGCUGCCUUGUAGCGCGUACGGGGGCGCAGCAGCAGCUGCAGCAGGGGGAGAUGCAGCAGCAGCAGCACCAGCAGACUCCGCGCUGCACUCAAACUGGAAAACUGUUGUAGAUGUACCUGAGGGCUGCUGCGCUGUCAUGCCGGGAGUCCUUACUCGCCGGUUUGCUGCUGCUGCUGCGAAGCUUCGGCCCCUUGCUGCAGCUACCACAGAGGCAACAGCAGCAAGACGAAGAGUCGCUGCUGCUGCUGGAACUCCCGCUGCUGCUGGAGCCCGCACUCCUGCUGUUGCUGCAGCUCCCGCUGCUGCUGCCUCUGCGGGAGCUCCCGCUGCUGCUCCUGCUGCGGAAGCUCCCGCUGCUGCUCCUGCUGCGAAAGCUCCCUCUGCUGCGCCAGCUCCUCUUGCUGCUACUGACGCUUCCUCAGCUGCUGCUGCUGGAGACCUCGCUACUGUUGCUGCAGGAGAUCCGGCUGCAGCUGCUGCUAGAGAUCCCGCUGCUGCUGCUGCUGGAGAUCCCGCUGCUGCUGCUGCUGGAGAUCCCGCUUCUGCUGAAGCUACCGCUGCUGCUGUGCCUGACUCAAGAGCAGCCGCAAUGGCAGCACCAUCUACAGAAUUCAAGGGGGCUGUGGGACAGCAAAGGGAGGGAAUUCCUGUUGCUGCAGAUGAUGCUGCAGGUGCUGCUGCAUCUGUUGCCGCUGCUGCUGCUGCUGCGCCGCUGCAGUGCUGUGCUGACUGCGCCGAGGGCACCGCAGACAGCUGCUGCUGCGUCUUUGGCCGCGGGGCCCCUCUGGAGUUGCUGCUUCAGCAACCGCUGCAGUGGCAGCAGCAACUGCCACCCGACAGCAUUUGGACGCAGCUGUUGCAGCAGCCUGAGCAGCAGCAGCAGCAGCAGCAAAUUAAACAUGAAGAUGAUAUGAUGCAAUGCGAGCAGCCACAAGAUCAGGAAGGGCAGCAACAGCAGCAGCAGCAACACGAAGAGUGCAUGCGCGAAGUGUUCGUCUUCGAGGCUCUCAGCAGCCAACGCAAAGCCGGGCGUUCGGGAGGCAAGGCUCCGGCUGCUGCUGCAGCUGCUGCUGCCGCGCAGCAGCAACAGCAGCUGCUGCUCCAUCAACAGCUACAACAAGACACUGCUGGCGCUGUCAGCAGUGGUUUCAUGGGGGUAGACGGAAGCUUGCCCGCUGGAGGAGGAGCAGCAGCAGCAGCAGCAACAGGAGCUACUGAACCCGUUCGGUCUGUUCUCGCCUGGCUGCUGCCAUAUCAGCUGCUGCUGUUCGCGGGCAGGUUUGCUGCUGUCAGCGGCAACUCGGGCGUGCCUUACCCUGUCACUGCUGCUUCUAUCCGGAGUCCCGGCAGCAGGCUGCAGCAGCAGCAGCACGAAGGUGCAGCAGGAGCAGCAGACGGCGAAGCUGCUGCUCCUAUUGUCACUCUUAUUACCCUUAAAGGCCUCGAGCCGCUUCUGGGCCCCACCACUGCUGCUUUGGCUGAGUGUUUGAGGGUUUUGGGAGAGGCCUUUGGCUGCAGUCCUCCUUUUGGCUGUUUGUGUCUUUUGUUCUUUCCUCUUCGUCUUGCUGCUUCCGGUGCUUGGGGCCUCUACUCCUCUUCGGCACUCAGUGCUGCACUGCAUGCAACAUCCAGCGAUGCCUCCUCUCUGGGGCUGCGGGAGCUGACUGAAGAGGCCUGCGCAGAUUGUGCCAUUGGAGAAGAAGUCAACCGCUGCUUCGUGCCUGAGUACUCGGUGAGUGGCAACCUGGCGGUGCUGCCACUGGAGUGUCUGCACAGCUCGUUGGAAUGCAAAAGUUUGGGACUUUCUUCUCGUUUGUUGCAAGCAGAAAGUAUUUGUCAUUUGUGGCUGGAGGCUUUUUAUCCGCUGAGUCGGCUCACUGCGGAGGCGGAGCUGCUGGGGUGUAUGUACACCUCAACGAUGCUGCGCAAGCUCCUCGUCGACCUCUUCAUUGAGGCAAAUUUCGGCUCCGUAGAAAUGCGCAUUCGGCGCUUCGAGCGCCUCCAGCGUUAUGUGUCUCUGUGCGAGUUGGGGCUGGAGGAGUUCCCCAUAGACCCUGUGGGUGCUCUUGCCAACAGCAGCAGCAGCAGCAGCGGCGGCAACGACAGCGACGGCAGCAGCAACAGCCCGUCGCAGCAGCAGCAGCAGCAGCGGCUGCUACCCCCCGUGGAGUCGCUAGCGUACAGCGAAAUGUUUCAACUCAAGUGCUGCGUCGUACUGCAUGCUCUCGAGGCCUACUUCGCCUCCCAGCCCUUUUUGUCUUCUCGUUUUUUUCGGGCUUUUUGUCUUUCGGAUUUUCUCGCCAAGACCAGCAGAAGAAGAGACCCGCCAAACAGCGAACGCUUCUGGAGACGGCUGCUGCUGGCAGCAACUGCUGCCUACGUGGCACACUGGAACAAAACCCCCCAGGCCAGAGCCGCAGGGAGGGCUUUGCUGCGCCUGCGGCCAGACGCCAAACAAAAGGGGGGCCUCCAGGCUGUGGAGCUCGAAACAGCGGGGCCCGACGAGCAGCUGAACCCUCAGGAGCACGAGGCGUUGGCUGCGGUGGAGGAGACGCUGCAGCUGUUUCGCAGCGCCUUUGUGGGGGGCACUGGCUGCCCGCAGCUUUCGCUGUCUUUCAUGGUGCAGCUGCAGCGCAAGGGAUCGGCGAUGGACAUCUUUACAUUUGAGUUGGACCUUCUCGCGCUGCAGCCUCCCCCACCAAUCACCGAGCCCUUCGAGACCCACAGGCUGCAGCAGCAGCAGCAGCAGCAGCGGCAGUGGCAGCAAGAAAUACAGCUCAGGAGGCCCCACGUCGAAAAGGCCGGCAUAUCUGUGUUUUACCCUGCAGAUCUCGCGGGCCUGGCGGGCUUCAACUUGUGGCAAGCCCAGGAAACUGGCAGCAGCCAGCGCGGCGAAGUCACGCUGCGACUGUCUGCAGAGGGCCCCGGGGGCCCCCCAGCUUCUUCCUGGGAAAGCCUUUUAGUUCGUCAGCUGUGGCCGGCCCUCAGGCGACCGUCCUCCGCCGCUGCAGCCAGCAGCAACAGCAGCAGCAACAGCAGCAGCAGCAGCAGCAGCAGCGGCAGCUUGCUGUUUGGGGGCGAGUUUAGCAGCGAAAUGCUGCCCCUCAGCACCCACGUGAGGGAAAAACUGCAGAUUUACCAGGGCCUCCAUGACCCCGUAGAUGUGGUGGGCCGAGACGGAAACUUCAUUUUAGGGUUUGGGUAUGUGGGGGAUAUUCCAGCGCCUCUGAACGCGGGCCGUGGCCCUUUGUGGCAGGCCAUCAAGGAGGCGCAGAGGCGCCACUGCAUGCAGCAGCAGCAGCAGCAGCAGCAGCACCCGGAGGAAGACCCGAAUGAGCAAAACGUUGACUCCUUCGCCGCCGUCUGCGUCGACAACGAAAGGACGCCGCCCUCUGUCCCUGUGGCGACUGUGGGUGGCCUCCCCGCCUGGGCGCGGCUGCUGCAGCAGCGGGAUUACCUGCUGCGGCUUCGCGCAGCUAGUGGGUCGGAUGUUUGGCUGAAAAGCGUUGGAGUGUACAUACACUCGGUGGCUCCUGCUGCAGUGCCUGCUUCUCUAGUUGCGGAGCUGCUGCCGAUGGCUGCGGACGCUUUCGGGCUCAACGGCUGCCUCCCUUCACCGAACAGCAGCAGCAACAGCAGCAGCAGCAGCUGCUGCCGCGUGCUGGGCGGGGGCGUGCUGCAGUACACGGGAGCGGAGGUGUCAGUGCCUGCUGCUCCGGUGCAGCAGCAGCUGCUCUCGCUGCAGCACCCCUCUGCGUACUUGUGCCUGUCUGCGGGCUUCGAGAAAUACUGGCUGCCGGCGCUGCAGCUGCAAGUUGUUGAUGACGAUUUAAUUCGAGGCAGCAACAUUCAACUCAAGGAGGGCGCGCUGCCCCUCAGAUUCGCUCUAGAUGCCAGGGCCGAACGCGGCAGGAAGAAAGUGGCGAUGAAGGGAGACAGAAUGCUGCACGGGUCCAACAGCAGCAAGGUCCUCAUGAAGGCAGCAGCAGCAGCAGCAGCAGCAACGGACGCUCCUGCAGCAGCAGCAGCAGCGGCGGCGGCCGCGGCGCAAGCAGCAGCCACAGCAGAUGGCCCCGAACCCGCAGCUGCUAGAGCAGCAACCGGGGGAAUGACAGCAGGCGAACGCAUCACCUUCGCAGGCUCUUUGAGCAGCAGCGACAGAGCGCUGUUUGAAAGCCUCAAGCGCUGCGUGCUGCAGCGGCACCCUUCGCUGCUGUCGCUGGACAACAGAUCCUUGGUGGCGAAAGUCAACAGCAAAACCAAGCUGCCCAUUCUCUGGAUGCGCGCAGACCCCCACCAGACCUGGCCCGCCAGGAUCCGGCGCUGCCAGAGCGGGUCCAUGUGGGAGCAGCAGCUACUGUCGGAAACCUCCGUGGCCAGCCAACUCGAAGCAGCAGCAGCUCUUGGCUCUCUUCUCCCCGCACAAACUCAAGGGGGCCUUUUGGGGGAUGACCCUGUAAAGGCACAUGCAGUCCAGGCCCUCAGCAAGGUCUUGGCGUCCCACAGGUGGCACCCCUUCUUCAGAAUACGGGCGGCGUUUGCGUUGAGUCGCCUGCACAACACGGGGGGAGAAGAAAGUGCAGCAGCUUGGAAGGCUCUUGCGAAUUAUAUUUCAUCUUUUCAUAGCGACGCGGUUUUAGAGGCGGAAUCCAACGAAGGCGUGUCCCCUCCUGAGGCGGCAGAGGGCGGCUCCAGUGGGGACUGGGGCGGCGCGCCAACAGCAGCAUCAGCUGCUGCUGCUGCUGCUGCUGCUGCUGGCGCGAAUGUGCCCAGCGCGCCCGCUGAAGGCCGCGGGGGCCCCGCGGAGGCCUUGCGGCUCUCCGACUAUGCAUGCACUAGUCCUGAGAGCAGGUUUUUGCGGCUCUUCUAUGGGGCUGUUUCGCUCAUUAGAGACCCCAAGGGCCUGUCGACUCCCGCUGCGAUCGACAUGCUGCUGCAGCCCCUGCAGCAAAUGGAAGCCACGGGAGCUGCAGAUAGCGCGACGCUGCUGUCCUUGGGCGCCUCUGUGUUGGACUGUCUAGGCAACUUGAGGUGGCCAUACACCCCACUGCCCAGCCUUGCAGAGGCCUACCACCCUUACUUUGCUGCUGCUAAGGCUGGGUUUCGGCUGGCUUUGUCUGCUGCUGAUCGGGGAUCCAAGGGGGGCCCCUUGGGGAGUUCGUUUGGGCAUUGCGCAGUUGCAGUGGGGGCCCCUUGCGGCUGCACAUGUGAGCUGAUGCUGCGGGACUUGGCUGCGGGCACAGCAGCAGCAGCAACGGCGGCGGCAGCAGCAGCAGAAGAGGAGGCAGCAGCAGAGGCUGCUGCCAAGUGGGAAGCCUUUGUCUUUGCAAACUGCCGCGGAAUCGAAAAUGCCUGGACUGAGGCCUGGAGGCUUUUCAGGCUCGACGCAGUCAAGGCUCUCGCCUCACCUAGAAAAGUGGGCCCUGGGAGUUUUAGCUUUGCUGCUAGUCCACGGCAAAGGCAGCUUGCUGUUGCUGCUGCUGCUGCCGCCGCCACUGCUGUGCUACUCUUGCCGGUGCUGGUGGUGCUGCUGCAGCGCUGUUGCGUCGCUGUCAGUGCUCCUUUUGCUGUUGCAGCAGCUGCUGCAUCGCAGUCAGCGAUGCUGUUGCUGUUGCUGCUGCUGCUGCUUCAGGAAAUGACAUGCGGGUUUUUGCGCGCGAUGAGCCGCAACCCGUUGCUGCGGGACUUGGCUCGCCGUCGGUUCCUUGGGGGCCCCUUGGGGGCCCCCCCGGGUGUUCCCGGGGCUCUCAGCAGCAGCUUGCAGCCGGAGGGGCCCCCCUCUCUGAACUCUGUGGCCCGCAUUGUGCAGCUUUUUGCUGUUGGGCCGCACCUGCCGCAAGAAUUCGGAGUGCCUUUUGAUUUGCUGCACUUCGUGGCGAGCCCCAGCCACCGCAGCUUGCUGGAAGCAGCAGCUCCAGCAGCAGCAGAGGCGCUGCUGGCUUACGACUACCCCCUUGUAAGGCGAAAGCUCUGCUGCUAA